UCUCUUCACUCACGUGAAUGACACAAAAGCUGCGCGAGCCUAAAGUUUGAUGCAGAUCUUUGCAGAUCAUCCAUCGCAGCUUUUAAGAUUAUCGUGAUGCCGUCAACAGUUAACGUUUCUUUGCACAUUUGGACCAGAACAGAUGAGGACCUCCGCGCGCUCCUAUGCCUCCCUGCAGCAGUUUAAGUUAAGCUGCAGAACCGCUCGUGAGCAGAGAGGACACCGGAGGUGAAGUCUGUAUCUUUGGACGCGCUGGCACAGGUUGACGCACGAACGUCCACGCGAUUUACGGAGCAGCUCGGCAGAUCUUCCUGUUGUGAUACCUGGAGCGUGACCACAUGCGUGGAUUCAUCUACUUAACCGGAGCUGGACCCUAAAGCGUCUGAGAGUCAGACAAACCUGUUGACUUCACAUAGAAUUAAAUUUUUGUCUCUAGGCUUAAUUGCGUUUCAAGCCUGGUGGAAGUUUUGUUCAGGGACAUUGUGACCUAUCAUCUUGGGAUUUGAGCCCCUGACCAGCUGAUUGGGAUGCAGCUGAACCUAAAAAGCUGGACUUAAAUCUGCAUUGGACUUCAUGAUGGAACCUCAGAACUGGUAUACCUUCCCAGAGCUGAAUUCCUCUGAAACCACUGCCACUCCCUUUCUCUACUCCAGCCAUCUCCCCCCAAGCCUCUCCUCCAAUUUGUCCACUCAGACCAUCCCCUUUCAGGGCAGUAGCACCGUGGUGACAGCCAUCAUCUCCCUCACAGUCUUUAUGUUUGGAAUGACUGGAAACACACUGGCCAUCUACGUGGUGCUCCGCUAUGCCAAGAUGAAGACCGUCACCAACAUCUACAUCCUCAACCUGGCAGUUGCAGAUGAGCUGUAUAUCAUUGGGCUCCCCUUCCUCACCACACAGAACGUGCUCUCCUAUUGGCCGUUUGGUUCCUUCUUGUGCCGUAUUGUCAUGACCGCAGACUCUAUGAACCAGUUCACAUCCAUCUUCUGUCUCACAGUCAUGUCCAUGGACCGUUACCUGGCAGUGGUCCAUCCAAUCCGCAGCACCAAGUGGAGACACCCCCGCGUGGCCAAAUUGGUGAGCGCAGCGAUGUGGGCUGUGUCCUUUGUGGUGGUCCUACCAGUGGUCAUCUUCUCUGAUGUACAGGACACUUUCAACUCCUGUAACAUGAUCUGGCCGGAGCCAAAGGAUGUGUGGUCGACAGCCUUCAUCAUCUAUACCUCUACAGUGGGCUUCUUCGGACCACUGGUCAUCAUCUGCCUCUGUUAUUUGCUGAUCAUAGUGAAGGUGAAGUCAUCUGGGGCGCGGGUUGGCUUUGCUAAACGCCGCCGUUCAGAGCGAAAGGUGACCCGGAUGGUGGUGGUGAUUGUGGUCGUUUUUGUGCUCUGCUGGUUGCCAUUCUUCAUCAUCAACAUGGUCAACCUGGUGGUCAUCAUACCAGAGUCUAGCAGCACUGCUGGGAUCUACUUCUUUGCUGUGAUCUUGUCCUAUGCCAACUCAUGUGCCAACCCGCUGCUGUACGGCUUCCUGUCAGACAACUUCAAGCAGAGCUUCAGAAAGGUGCUGUGUGUAAGGAGCCUGCGGUGCACUGUCAGUGGCGUGGAUGAUGGCGAUCCCAGUGCCCCUCGCACAGAGAAAAGCACAGCUCAGGACUGCAUCUUGCUUUCCCCACAGAAUGAGGUGCACUGCCAUCUCCAGAACAGCCAGAUCUGUCCUCAACAUACCGACUCACCACCCCCUCAUACAGCUGCAGACCUGCACCACCCAUCCAAGCCCUGUCAGAUUCUGUCCGUCUGCACAGGACCUACAACCAUGCUGACCUCAGCAGAAUGUGUACCAGAAACAUCUAGUCAGGGCUCUGACCAGCAGCCCCCACCCCAUUGGCCCUUGGGUCCACUGGAGCAGCAGUCUGGAUCUUAGAUGUGCAGAGGUGCUGAGGAAGACCACAUCAUCUGAUGGAUAACCAAACUUUGAAUAUAUUAUAAUCUGAAACAUUAUGUCUGGCUUCCAUCUCCUGUAAGGCUGAAGAACCCAUCAUAACAAAGAUUCUUGUAACUAGUCAAAUAGAAAUUGACGAUACAAACCUUGUGUUCAUAGGGGCAGUGGGUCAGGAAGAAGCACAACUUAAAUGGGUUAUACUAAAAGAAAAAGGUGUAAUGUACAACUGGCAUGGGUAAAAGAUAUCCCAGAUAAACACUCAGUUAUGUUACAUCUACAAGAAAGCCUGUUUAUAGCAUUAGAGGUCAGAAACAUAAGUCACACAAUGCAUCAGUUUUAAGGAUUUCUAUUACUUAAGUAAAACAUUAAAGGGGAGGACAGUAGGUAGUUACCAAGGUCAAGCUGAAGAAAGGACUAAAACAGACCAAACUAUCCUGCACACCUGGAUUUUGACUAAGGGUGGUGAAAAAGAAGGAACAUGGCUCACCAGAUAAAACUUUGUUUUCAGGGAGGAAGAGAGAAGCCCUGCUUCAGCAUCACUGACAAAAUGUUUAAAAAUGCCUGAACAAGAUAGAAAUGAAUCAAAGACCAGAUUCUAGAGUUCAUUCAAAAAUAAAACAAGGAUAAAAAUGAUAACGUUUCAGCUCUUAACCGUAAAGCCUUAGUCACUUUGUUAUCUGUAGGGUCAACCCACAUGGGGGGUGCUGCAGGUUUUUGGGUUGUAAAGGCCCAUAGAGGGUUGUAGAGAGGAAGGUCAGCAAUAUUAGGGGUCUUUUGCAGUUGCCCUGAGGGCCACCUCAUGAAAGUUGAACGUAGGAUGGUCGUGUGUGCGAUCGCGAUGUAGUUGUAAUGAUAAUGGAAGUUACACGUUCUUAUGACAUACAUGACAAUGUGAACAGCACAAACAGGCUUCCUGCGCAUUGA